CAUUCAUCGUGGCCGGCGGUCGCAGCCACACUCUUUCUCGGUACUUCUUCAUCAAACGCGACUUCAUCUGACCCAGAUUUCGAACACGCACCUCCUCCCAUUUAUGCCAUCAUGACCACCCCAAACGGCAACAUACUCGUCGCAUCUCAGCUGUCAGCACUUCUCCCGCCAUCCCAGCCGAUCCCCGUGCCCACGACAAAGCAGGAUGUUGUCAAAUUGCACGCGGAGAACCCUCCAAAUUGUCCACGAGAACACGCAACCUUUGCCAAGCAUUCCUACACGCCCAUGACCGGCAACAUCUUGCUACGCGUCACGCAUGAAUCGCGCGUCCUGGAAAUCAUCUCGUUGUCCUCGGACGCGCCGCCUCUGCGGUUCGAAUUUCCUUCUCCCCUAUUGCCCUAUCCUUCGAUCAUGUUGCAUGAAUCUCAAGGAGUCCAUCUUAUUGCAGUUACCGCGACAGGUUCCCUGUACUGCAUUGUGAUCCCAGUGCACGCUGGUAAGAUCUCGUGGCCACCCCAAUCGACUGCCCACUGGUGCCAUGAGUAUCUCGUCCAGGGUAUGGGUUGCGAUACCGAGGGACUGGUACAUGUGCAAUCACCGGAUUGCGUUAUCGUCAGAACGCCAAAUGGGUCCCUGCUACGCGUUGAGAGAAAUCCUCUGGGAAACAGUAUACAAGAUUCCUGGACAGAGCAAACACUGCAUGCGUACGCAGCAGCUCCAAUUGCUUUCUUAUUACCCAAAAUAGCCACGCCGAACGAAGCAGAUGAGAUUACUUCAAUCGCAAGCCUUCCACAGCCCACUGAGAUCGACUAUGUCUGGACACUAUCACGAAACCGCACACUACGUCUGUGGACUGCGGCCAACGGUGUCAUCGCGCACGUCGUGCUGCCUGCUAUCGCUCAUGAACAGGCCGUCGCUGUACAAGAGCGGGGGUCGGUUCCUCCCGCUGUGAGAUACUCCGUCUUGCUCCCACCAGAACCACAAAAUCUCCUUCGCGUCUUCUCAGUAUCGGAGACGAAUACAGUCUAUGUUCUCGUCUUCAUUCCCACCGAGAUCUCGCCGUCUUCUGGUGGAUUCUUCCAACUCUUCACCACUACCAACAAGGGCUUGCAAAAGCUUCACCUUCUUGAGGCACCAGAAGACAGCACACAUUGCCAUCUUCAAGACUUCACCAUCGUGGACGGAAGAACCCUAUAUACUCUGUGGGACAGGCAGGGACAGUCAAUGGUGCACCAGCUUGAACUCACUUUUGACGAAUCUGCAUCCAAUCAGCCUGAUUGGCGUACCAUGAUGUAUCCAGCAGAAGUCGAGCUCACUCCGACCUAUCUAGACGAACUGCUACUGUCGCCAGGCUCGCUAUCGGAGAGAUUCUUCGAGUCGAUCAUGAGGCCCGGAAUGUUCUCCCCUUUGACUCUCAAAGUCGCCAUCGAUCGGUACACUAAUGCAUGUUUGUCCUUACCGUCACUUCCUCCAUCGCAGCUCGUCGCGGUCUAUUCCGACGUCAAAGAGCAGAUUGCUGCGAUCGUAGGUUGCACUGUCCAGGUGACUCGCGACCCGCACUCCGGGGCGCUGCAAUGGGCAAAGUACUGGAAUGCGUUGAAACGCGACUGGGAGGGUUUCAUUGCGCGGUGUAGAGAGAUAGAGCGUAGUGCUCGGUUGCCUUUAGCGAUUGGGAUGGGGAAGCAGAAGGAUGGCCUAGUCAUCAUUGAGCGAGAGCGCGUCGCAUCCACAGCUACCGAAGAUGGAGCUUUGAAGUGCCAGAGGUUGCUUUCGGCCAAAUCGCAGCUUGUGCCGGACGUGGUCGAGUUUGUGUGGGAUUUGCGUUCGCGCCUUGGUUCGCGAGCGAUGAAUGCUCUGGAGGGCCGUCUGUCGGAUAUCUUGCACCAGGAAGUCUCAUUUUCCUUCGCGGAUAUUAUCAAAGAUCAGGCGGCAAUGAUGGAGCUCCGCGCUUAUGUCGAUGGAGGUUUCGACGAUUGGAUUGCUGGUCGUCUGGAAAAAAUCGCAGAUGAAGACCUUCUCAGCGGCGUGCGCACCAUCUUGGACAUUGUUGGCAGCACUGGUCUGUCAGUCAAGGAUGAAGAAAUCAACGAUGAUUCUACAGACAGCCUCUCACAAACUCAAUCACAAAAUCCAAACUCGUCAGAAUGGAAGAGGGCAUUUGCAGCCUCAUACUUGACUGCAACCGUCCACGCUAGGUACGAACUGUGCUCUGCCGUCAUGGUUUUGCUCUUCUGGUUCGCACACAAAUUGAAUGAAUGGCCCCCAACGCUACUCGCUGAAGCAUUUGCUGUGCAUCGUGGAACUUGCAUGUUGCGCGACAUCGCGUGGCAGCCUGUGAGCGAGAUUGCAUCUAGCGAAGAUGACGUCGUCACUCAAAUGAGCAACAUGAACGUCUCGUCUGGGCGAUCUGGAGUCAACCCGACGAUGUCUCUUGUACAGCAUCUCCUCAUUUAUUACGGCAUAACGGAGGAGUUGCCGAAGGCGGCUUUCCAACUCCUAGAUCAGACCGGUUUUCUACGAAACUACUCUCCAGCAUUCGCGAACAAGCAAGAGGUGCGAUUAUGCGAGGAUUUCCGCCGGCUUGGGUAUCAUGAAGUGGCAGGAGAGCUGCUGUCUUGGCUCCCCGGAACGCCUGCUGUCAAGUACGUGGAGGCUCGACUAUGGCUGGACGAGAACCAAUUCGACAAUGCUGCGAUAAUCUUGGAAAGCCUCGCCGGGAGUUUCGGGCCGGAGUCGCUCAUGUCUAGUCAGGCCCUGUCAGAUGCAGACGCCGAGCCGGACGACCAGGGGGCUCUCGGGGCUGUACUUCCCGGUGCACAAAAUUUCAGAACAGAGUUUGAUUUAUACUUGCACGCUGCAGAGCUCUUCAGGGAUGCCGAUGCAACUGCGCAUGAAGUGUCCUUCGCGAAGCUUGCAAUCUCACAUGCGCCGACCGGCGGCGACACGUCUGCAUUGUGGCAGUCCCUCAUCAGGGGUCUCACGGACCUAGGCCGACAUGAGAACGCGUACAUGGCUCUCGUGUCCACGCCUUAUGACAAAGUUAAACGGGAGUGUGUUAGUCAGCUGGUGUUCAAAAUGUGCGAAGAAGAUGCGAUUGAGCGCUUAUUGUCGUUUAACUUCGCCACCUUGGGCGACGAGGUCGAAGAUGCUCUGUCGUUCAAGGCUCGAAAUGCUGACCCUCGAGUGCGACCGUUCUAUUCCCGUAUUCUGUAUACCUGGUACGUCUCGAGGGGAGAUUACCGCAACGCCUCGCUUGUAAUGUAUCAACGGGCACGAAAACUCGCGGUCCUGAUUGAACAACACCACGCGUUUCGUGACCUUGCGGAACAGCAGCUUGAAGCAUAUAUUAUUGCCAUGGAAGCUCUGGCCCUAGUCGAUCGGAAAAACGCCUGGAUUGUUAUUCCCGUUACGGCAGAGACCGAGCAUGAGCCCCGUAAAAGAAGGAGGCUAUGCAAGCACAUACCGGAAGAUAAGUUUUCGUCUGGGAAGCGAGACGUCGAGAUAGUGGAGCUGGCAGACAUGCAAUACGAGUGUGCCCUACUGACUGCACGACUCGAGUUGAUCGGACUCGACCACACGUUGUCGAAUGGAGUGUGGGUGUCUUCCCCCAGCGCGAUCGUCAUGAAAUUUGCGCAAAUGAACCGCCUUGACAAAGCGUUUACCAUUGCUCGCGCGUUGGGUGUCGACAUGUCCCGUCUUUUCGCUCAUUUGACUACGCAGUGCCUGCAUUUUUCACGCAAGCGUGAUGCCAUGAUGACGGAGGACGUCGGCGACUGGCUACUUACGGAUAAAGUUUCCUCAUGGUCCGGGACUAUGGCGGAUAGGGCAUGGCGCUACCUGCGGCAGGCAUUGGAACGCUAUGACGGGUCGGACACAGACCAUCGGUACUACAAGGAAGCGCUGGAAACUGUUUUGUCGUACGACGCAUCGCCGCCGCCGUGGUUAACCCAUCUACUCGAAAACGAAGAGUCGGAGUAUCUGCUGCGAACGUACAUGCGCUACAACCGUCUGGAGUCUGCAUUAGAGUACACUAUAUCGCUGUUCGAGAAGAGUGAUGCACGCCUUGCCCAGGACGAGCCAAGGAAGGCCUCGGCAACUUGGCUGCCGUAUACCCUCAUUGAUCAAGUUCUUCUGGCAGCUCAGGAAGACACCUUGCCGCGCGUGCAGGAGCUUCAGAAGCGGCUGCGAGCACAUAUCGCAAACCAUAUCAAAAUGGUAGAGAAGCUUAGACAAGCUAGUCAAUGAUGCAUGCUGGGUCGCGAAGGGGGGUUGAGAACUGUUCAAACUUUGCACACUUUCGUCAACGGCACUUCUGAUUGAGUUCACAUGUUGCUGUAUUGGCAAUCCUCUGAACCUAGCAACUGUAAUUUUGAUGGCGGUUGAUAAUCAGAUUGGCACUUUUUAGUCUCGAGAAA